CUGAAUCUUUAAGUGAAGCAUGGGAAAGAUUCAAGGAUCUGAAGAUCAAAUGUCCACAUGCGGGCUCUAAUUGAUCCUGACAGCCUAAUGUUCCAUUUCUACCAAGGACUUCUGGUUUCAUCGAAGAAAGAACUAGACCAUUCUUCAAAGGUCGGUUCUUUCCUAGAUAUGACGCCGGAGGAAAAUGAGGAAUUGGUGGAAAAACUCACAUCAAAUGCCAAAUACUGGUACGAAGACCGAGUUCCACAACAAGAAGCUGGAAUGUAUGAGGUGGACACUUUCACCGCACUCAAGGCAAGUAUGGAAAGUCUCAUCAAGCGGACCAUCCAAGAUCAGUUCAGUGCAAGUUCGCAUCCAAACAAACAACAUGAAUCAAUUGCUCAGGCCGAUGCUUACUAUCAAGGAGGAUCUAGUUCACACCAAAAUGAACUGGUCCUGUCUUGUGAAUCUUGUACAGGUGCACAUCUGACAUCUCAGUGCCCGUACAAUGAAAGCACAACAAAGGAACGGCCACGUGAAGUACACUUGGCACAAUAUGCCAACAAAGGGGAAGGACCAUGGGCCCCUAAUCAGUACCAGCCAGCUUAUCAGCGCAAUGAUCCUUCGAGGGAGCGCAACAAUAACAAUUUCCAGCGAAAUAAUCGUUCAAGGGACGAUUACAAACAAGGCGGCUGGAACAACAACACCAAUUGGAAUAGUCAAAGAGGGGUAAAGAAGAAGAAUGAUGAUCAAGCUUUCAAGAAGUUUUUAGACAUCAUGGGCCAAGUGGAAGUUAAGUUGCCCUUGAUUGAUGUCUUAACUGAGAUGCUAAAGUAUGCCAAGUUCAUCAAAGACUUGCUUAUGCAUAAAAAGGACUUGGAAGGGGUUUCAAUGAUCAAUCUGAAUGCGAGAUGCUCCGCGUUGCUACUCCAACAAUUACCUGAGAAGUGCAAGGAUCCAGACCCUACCGAAUUUUGUCAUUUUGUCAAAAUAUUGAAGGACAAAGGGUCUGUCGAGACGCUUCUUGGUUUAGAGGCAGUAUUGAAGGAGGAAGAGAAUGAAGGGAUUAAGUGUGUGGAUGUUCGGGAAGUGGAAACAAAGGGAUCUGAUACCCUAGAACUGAAGCCACUUCCCAAACAUCUAGAAUAUGCAUUUCUGGAUGACGAGGGCAAAUCCCCGGUUGUCAUCGCAUCUGAAUUGACUGUGGAUCAAAAGGCCGAACUAUUGACCGUUCUUCGACGGCACAAGCAAGCAAUUGAUUGGAAGUUGGAGGAUAUUCAAGGAAUCAGCCCGGCCUUUUGCACCCACAAAAUUGCAAUUGUAGAAGGGUUCAAGCCUGUUGUUCAAACACAACCCGGGGUUUGGGCAGAUGUUGAAGCCUCGAUUAGGCCAUCUGGUUGGGAGCGUUUACUUUCCUUACGAGCUGAGGCUAGCUUGCCUCUCACUAUUGAGUUUCUGUGCUCAUUGCGGCCUUUACUGGGGUUUGAGCGGCGAGAUGAUGUGGGGAUAGCUAUGAGGCAUGACAGCCGCCUUAUUUUCACUCUUCUAGGUCAGCGGCAUACUCUUACUGUCGCUGAGCUUGGGUGGAGAUUGGGCCUAUAUACUCAGGAGGAGAUCUCACAUUCAUCUUUUGCUGACCUUCCCAUUGCUGUCCCUGAGGACUUUGACGUCCAGGCUUUUUGGACUGCACAUGCACGCACCGAUGCUCCUUUUGAGCAUCAGCUUAGUCGAGCUUCUGACUGGGCCGAGCCUUCCUGGAGGUUUCUGACAUUCUUGAUGUCCAUGAGCUACUUUGGGAGACCCAGUAACAGCAACCGGGUCUAUGCUUCUGACAUGCUCUUCUUCUGGAGCAUAGCACAUCAGCGACAGGUUAAUUUGGCUGUUUUCAUCGCCCGAUUCUUGUGGUCUCAGACAUAUGGUACACGUAUCACGGUGGUUUGUGGCCCGUUAAUCACACUUCUUCACAGGUCCUUACAGGUGCACAUGCCUAUUCUUAACCUCUUACUUCUUGAGCACAGUGUUCGACUUUUGGACAGCACCAUGAUACAGCACAUUAGACUUCAGAGAGGUCAGAUACGGAGGAUUAGACCGAGAAAGGGGCCAUCACCUCGACCUCGUCCUGCACCACAGCCACAGAGUACAUUUCAGCAGGGACAUAGCUCUACUUGGGUGGAGAACCUUCAGAUACCCCUAUGUUAGAAUAAGUGACCAACGCUAGAGGGGGGGUGAAUAGCGUUUGAUCGUAGAAAUCGCAGGAAUAAAAAAUUAAGAAUGUGAAACGUAAAGAGCGUAGAAAGCGUAAAGGGAGCAGACCAAGAUUUAUACUGGUUCACCACAACGUGUGGCUAAUCCAGUCUCCAGAGAGACUCUCUCGAGCUACACUACUUCCGUUAAGCUUACGGGUGCUUAACAAACCGU